AUGGCAGGCCUCAGUUUCGAUAACCACCAAAGAAAUCAAUUCCUUUCAGCUAAGGGAUUUGGCUCUCCGAAGGCAACUUCCACAGGAACCACCAUUGUGGGAGUUAAAUUUGAAGGAGGUGUUGUGAUCGCUGCCGAUACCAGAGCUACGUCAGGUCCUAUCGUGGCUGACAAGAAUUGUGAAAAGCUACACAGGUUGUCACCUACUAUAUGGUGUGCAGGAGCAGGUACCGCUGCUGAUACAGAGAUGGUUACACAACUGAUUGGAUCAAAUCUAGAAUUGCAUGCCAUGUCUACAGAAAGGAAACCUCGAGUGGUCACAGCAUUGACGAUGCUGAAACAACAUCUGUUCAAGUACCAAGGUCACAUUGGAGCCUAUCUAAUCGUCGGUGGUGUUGAUCCUACAGGAGCCCACUUGUUUUCUAUCCAUGCGCAUGGAUCCACCGAUAUUGGAUUCUAUCAAUCUUUGGGAUCAGGUUCGCUGGCGGCCAUGGCUGUCUUGGAGAGCAACUGGAAAGAAGGCUUGACUAAGGAAGAGGCAAUGAAGCUGUGCACAGAAGCUAUUGAGGCAGGUAUCUGGAAUGAUUUGGGAUCCGGUUCUAACGUGGACCUUUGUGUCAUGGAAGUUGGAAAAGAUGCCCAAUUGUACAGAAACUAUCUGAAGCCUAACGUCCGUGAAGCCAAGGUUAAGUCAUACAAGUUUGCUAGAGGCACUACUGCGGUGUUGAAAGAGAGUAUCUACAAUCUUGUCGAUAUUGAGGAAACUGUGGUUCCAAUGGAGGUAGAUACUGAAGCAUAA